UCGUCACCUUUCUCCCUCCUUUCCUUGCCUGAAAGGGUGUACACCCCUUCAUCCAUCUCAACCAUUCCUUGCGAUACUGCCGAAAACUCCCUCGCCGCUGUCACGAUGGCAUCACCAUCCAAGUCAGAUUUUCCCCGGUUUCUGGACGGGGACGUCCUGGUGGUCAUCUCGCCGACUCAAGUCUACAAACUGCACUCUCAAGUCCUCGCAGCUCAUUCCUCAGUCUUUGCGGAGGACAUCGCGUCGAACCCAGGCCCUCGUCUGAAUGCGCAGGCUCGCCGCGACAACGCGGUCGCGUACCGUUUUGAAUUCAAGCGGGCGCUGGAAGAAAAUCAGUUUGGCGAAUUCGUCCGUGUGGAGAUCAACGAGUCUGGGCGGGUUGUAGGCCCUGUCCUGCAUAUUGUGUUGCCAGACAUCGAAAAUGGAAAGGCAACUGACCACAGCAACCGUGCGUGGGACUGGCUCUUUGGCAUCUUCUACAACCGUGAGCCUGUCUUCGAUGACAGCAGCUUGGCCACUGUCCUCUCGUGUGUUGUUGCUCUCAUCGAGUGCGCUGAAUCCGUCGGCUCGAGCGACCAUGUCCGCGACGUAGUUGACCUGGCUCUGAUGCGUCAAGACAAUGUGCUUUGGACUUCGAUCCUGGGUAACCCUCACGUGUGGAUCGAGCUCGGCCGCCGUGUCCGAUCCCCUGCCAUCUACAGCGAAGCAGCCAUACACUUGAUCGGCCAGUGGUCCACCAUCGCCGAUGAGGAAAAGAAUCGUAUCAGUGAAGAUAUCCGAGCCAUCUUGGAGCGCAAGGCGACUGAACUUUCCUUGGCCAAGGAGGCUAUCGAACUUCGUAUCCUUGGUCAUUACCCGACGUUCAUGCGCCGUGCUGCAGCCGACAAGCCCGGUCGCCCGUCGUAUUCUAGCGACAUCUACAUGUGGAUGUGUGUCUGCUUUUUCCGUCAGUGGUUCACUCAAAACAUCUCCGACGACCGCACCCGACGCGCUCCUGACGGAGGCUUGAAUUUCUAUACCGCCCUUCACGAAGGUGGUGGAACCUACCUCACCCACAUGGAUUUCCAAGAGUUCCACAAAUAUUUCCCCAUGAGUAUCAAGGCGUGCCAUGUGCUUGAGGCGAAUAUGGGCAUUCUUAAGGAAGACAUGAAGUUUUUCGUGGCAGAUCUCAUGGUCGAACACACUCACUUGAAGCGCGACAAGAACGAGAUCCACUGGCUGACAUGUGCCAAAAUCAAGAAGGAGGAUAUGCCAUGGUACAAACCAGAUAAGAUCGCAAAAUCGACCGAUGCAUUGCAAAGCAUGUAUGACGAUAUGGACGACGAGCAGGCCGUCAUGCAGGGUCGACACACUGCCGAUAGUGGUGGGAAACGAAGUGGCCAUGACGACGAUUACUUUCGCGCUCGACCAAAGAAGCGAGCCAAAGUCCACGAACUUGACAGCGCCAGCGAAUCUGACUAUCAUGAAGAGUCCUCAAAUGACAUGUUCGUCAGUGAAGCUGUGGAUGACCUGAUGGAGGAGUGAUCCGUGUAUCGCUCAAACUGUGGUUAGGAUCCUCGCUCGGACACACCUGCCAUCAUCGACCGUCAUCGGAUGGUCCCAAGGUGCCCAAUGUACUCACAUUGGCGCGACAUACCCCGGACUUUUUGAUAUUGUUUGAAGACGUGGCGGCUACCUGCGGAUGAAGCAAGUGCACAAGAGCAUAGGAAGCACACGCGCGAGGCGUGACCCAGGACAUUACUUAUGCACAAGGAAUCGAAAAACAACAGACAUGCGAGGCGUGAACCAGAACACUAUUUAUGCACAAGAAUAAGCGAAAUAGAUACGCGCGUGGCGUCAACCAGGAUACCACCAGCACAUAAGAGCAUACGAGACAGACACGACAGGUGUUGAGCGAGACACCACUUGCGCACAAAAACAUACGAAACAAACGUACGAGGUGUGAGCCAGGACAUUACUUUGACAUUGGCUAUAAGAGUCAAAAGGCAGACCUCACCCCAACAGAGGCUUUGGUUCUUGGUCGAGGCGCCAUCUUGGUGGACGUUCCCUCCGUGUUGCUCCUUUGUCACAGAAGAAACCCAGGGCUGCAGAAUUGCGAAACGGACGAAAAAGCAUGCGUUCAAUCGAAUUGCUGGGGACAUAGGGG